GACCUUAGUGGGAGAGCAGGCGAUGCCUCCAGGGCUCCAUAUAGGCAGCUGAGAAGAUCUGAGUGGUGAUUAAUUCAGGAAGGACCAGGGUGGGAUGAAGUUCCACCAUUCGACAUCCUGUGAGUGUUUGAAAGGAGAGGGCUUUAGUAGUUUUAAUGUUCUACUGAGGGCUGUUACAUCCUUUCUUAGAACAGGGAAGGAGGGUACUUUAGUGGUCUUUACAUGGUCUCACUCCAUUUGGGGCAGCCUUUGUGUCUCAGCCUAUUCAUCCCUCUGUUCCAGCUGAAUCAUGUCUUCGGGCUCUCGGCAGCCUGCCAGCCUUCGUCAGCUAAAGGAAUUUGACAAUCUUACCGAGUCCAUCAGUGACCUGGUCCACCAGCUGCAGGAUAUCGAUCCCACCCGCCUUUCAUUCUCCCCUUUUCUGGAUCUGGACACACAGAUCUCAUUGGCUCCUGUUUCCGACAGUCCCGAGUCAUCCGUGUCUGAACUCAACUCCAUCUCUGUGUCAGCACCAGGUUCCCGUACCUCAAUUGAGAUCCUGUCAGUCGAGGAGCAGUGUGAACCAGCGACUAGAGAAGACAGCCGAAUCAAAGAUGGGCAGAAUUUGGAACCCAGUAUUUCAGAAGUGUCACUGAAAGUUGCAAUGGAGGCGGAAGAGGAGGAGGAAGAAGAAGAGGAGCAAGAAGAACUAGAGCUUGUAACUUUGGGUAUGAUAAGUGAGACGUCUUUUUUGGACGUCAACAAAGACAUAGAUGGAUCGGUUCCUCAAAAUAUUAACACAAGGGUGGAGCUUCAUGAAGAGCUGGAUAGUGAAGAAGCUGAGGAAGAACAGCCAUUUUUGGGCAAUAACUCAUGGCCCAGUUCCCCAUCUCCAGAAGAUACGGAUAGGGGGUGCAGGAAAUGCUGCCCGGGUGUCCGUCUCAGACUUCUCAUGUCCAGCUUCGCUGCGCUCCUCCUCACACCUUGCAUUUUAUACGGGACUUAUAUGUACCUACCCUUUGACCCACCAGUCUGCAGGGACUUGACCGAACGCAUUGUCUAUGCCAUCCAGUGCUGCGUGGUGUUGACUUUGCCAGUCAUUCUAGGCCUUCUCUCCAGUGCUGCCGCCACACUCUGUUCAGCCACCGCUCAAGAUUCUCCAGCUCAAGGUGCCACUCUGCAGCAGGUGUUUGUCUCUUCUUCCUCAGAACAUCUUAGCCUUUACGCCCUCAACCUUGUAGCCCUGGCCACAUUCUUGGAGCAGGGGCAGUUACGUGCCAUUCCCAUCCUGGCAGGGUUGUUUGGGGUCAGCAGGUUGCUCUACUGGGUGUCUCUGCACGUCUGCUCAUCACUCCGAGGAUUUGCGUCUGGGCUCAGCUUCUUUCCACUUCUGGCAAUGAGUGUCUUUAAUACAAGUUGCAUCUGUGGCUUGAACUUUCUCCAUUUACUCCUUAACCACUUUGGAAGCAACUCUUCUGAGACGACAGCUACUCCUGGGACUGGCUGAACACAUCCAACAUGAGGAGAACAGCAGCCUUUGCACCCCACACAGGCGUGUAUUUAGUUCAUAAGCACCAGGCGAGGUGAACUUUUCUCAAGUGUCCUAGUAUUCCUCAGGACAUUCUCAUUUGCUUUUUCCCAUUUUUUUUUCCUGCUAUUGGAGAUGUAUAAAUGAAUAGUAGAUUAGUUGAGGGAGGUCAUCUUUAAAUGAUGUAUUAAAAGUGAACAUUUCUAUAAAACGUCACUAUUUUCGUUGAUUUGAGGAAAAAACAGUGCAUAUGAA